AUGAAUUUGAGAAAGACUUCAAAUAAUCAAAUCAAUUUAGGGAAUGCCAAAGAUAAUAAAGAUUUAUUUAAAGUUAAUUCAAUUGAUUCCAAUGGUGAUCAUGAUUUGUCAAAUAAUGGUAGUUCUCCAUCAGAAUUAACAUAUUCAUUAAGUAAUGAUGAUCCGAUAAACAUCACAAAAUCAAAUUAUUCAUUGUUAAGAAAAACUUCAUCAUCUCCGAUUCAAUCAAAUUUACCAAGUAUAUUUAGUAAUUUAAGAUCCAAUGAUAAUUUGAAUGAUUCAAUACCACCAAUUAAAUAUGGAAAAAAUAUAAUCAAAAGAUUAUUACAUAUAGAUGAAGAUGGUAAGAAGAAAUCAAUUGAACGUAGUUUAAAUUUAAAUCAUUCAACUUCAGAUUUACAAUUUUUAGAUAAUCAAAUUAAAUUAGAUACUGAUUUUGCUAAAAUAAUAGGACAAAUUGAUAUUGAUCCAGUUUUCAAUAAUGAAGGUUUAUAUUUAACUAAAAUAUCACAUAAAUCUAAAAAGAGAAUUUUGAUAUUUAUUGAUUCAAUUAAUUUUAAAUUUAAAUGGAAAGUUGCAUCAGUGUUACCAUUAAAUAAUACAAGAUCGAAUUCAAAUUCAAGUAUUGAUGGUUAUAAAUCAUUGAUUUCAAGUUCAAGAAUUCAUGAAUUUACAUUGGAUGAUAUUAAAUCAAUUUAUAUGCAAGAUCAAGGUUCUUCAUAUAGAGAAGAAUUAAAUGUACCAAAAGAAUAUGAAAAUCAAUGGAUUACAAUCAUUUAUCUUAAUCAAAAAAAGGGUAAUUUAAAAUCAUUACAUUUAAUUUGUGAAUCAAUUGAAGAUUUUGAAAAAUUAUCAUCUGCAAUUAUUAAUUUAAGAAAUUUAAGAUAUCAAUUAGCUAAAGAAUUUUUAAUAAAUUUAAACGAUUUAAAAGAAAAUCAUGUAAAGUCAAUUAUAUUAGAUAAAGAACCUAGUGAUCUGAAAAUUGUUCGUGAUUUUUUAUCAUUUCAAGAUAUUUUGAAAUAUGCAAAGAGGUUAAACAUAAAUGUUAAUAAGAAUUAUCUACAAAGUAUAUUUGAUCAAGUAUUAGCAGUUAAUCCAACAUACGAUGAACAAUUAAAUUUUGAUCAAUUUAAAAAAUUUGUCUCAAUAUUGAAAAAUAGACAAGAUAUUGCUGAAAUAUGGGAAAGUUUAAAAAAUACUGACAAAGAAGGAAUGACAUUAGACGACGUUACAUUAUUUAUAAAAGAUACUCAAAAGGAACAGAUUGAGAAUGAAGAUGUGAUAUUUCUAUUUGAUAAAUUUAAAACUCCUGAUAAUCUAUGGUCAGCAGAUUCAUUAAACAACUUUCUAUUAUCAAGUUACUCCAAGUCUGUUCAUAAUAUAGAAACUAAACAAUAUUAUAAUUAUCCGUUAACUGAUUACUACAUAUCAUCAUCACACAAUACUUAUUUAAUUGGAAGACAAGUUGCUGGAGAUUCUUCAGUAGAUGGAUAUAUUAAAGCGUUACAAAAAGGUUGUAGAUGUAUUGAAAUUGAUAUAUGGAAUGGUGAUAAUUCAGAAGAAAUAAAUAAUUCAGAACCAAAUGUAAAUCAUGGUAGAACAUUUUCAAAAUCAAUUAGUUUUGCUAAUGUGAUAAAUACAAUUAAAAAAUUUGCAUUUAUAACAACUCCAUACCCAUUAAUUUUAAGUUUAGAAGUUCAUUGUACUCCUCAAAAUCAAAUCAAAGUGGUAAAUACUUUAAAAGAUAUUUUAAAGGAUAAAAUGAUAAUUGCACCAAUUAAUGAUGAUUCAUCCUUACCAUCACCAUCACAAUUAAAGAAUAAAUUUAUAAUCAAAGUUAAGAAAACGAGUGCUUUUCAAAAUUUAAUCGAAAUGGAUGAUGGUAGUUUUACAACAACCACCACAACUUCAAUGAGUGAAGAUAAUGAAACAAAACCGAAUGGUAAUUUUUUCAAGAGAAAAGUUAAUAAAAAUCCUAAAAUUAUUAAUGAAUUAAGUGAUUUGGGUGUAUAUGUUCAAGGAUUAAAAUUUAGAAAUUUUUCAUUACCUGAAUCCAAAACAUUUAAUCAUUGUUUUUCAUUAAGUGAAAAGACAAUUAAUAAAAUAAUUAAAGAUGAAGAUAAAAACGCAUCAUUAAAUAAACAUAAUAAGAAAUAUUUCGUAAGAGUAUAUCCAUCAAAAACAAGAAUUAAAUCUACAAAUUUUAAUCCUAUUCAAUAUUGGAUUCACGGUGUUCAAAUGGUAGCAACAAAUUGGCAAACUUAUGAUUUAGGUCAACAAUUAAAUGAAGCAAUGUUUGAAGGUGUUGAUAAAAAAGGAUAUGUUUUAAAAUCAAAAGAAUUGAGGAAACCAUAUCUUAAAAGUUCAAAAUUUAAUUUUUUAACAACAGCUACAAAAUCAAUUAAAUUUGAAUUGACAAUUAUUAGUGGUCAUCAAUUACCUAAAUAUAAUAAAGAUGAUGAAAAUGCAAUAAAUCCAUUUAUAACAUUUGAAAUAAUAGGUGCCGAAUCAAUAAACUGGGAUAAAUUAGUUAAAUCAAAUAUUUUUAAAACUAAAAUUAUUCCUGAGAAUGGUUUUAAUCCAAUUUGGGAUGAAUCAAUAGGUGGUAAAAUAAAUGUAAAUUCUGAUUUAAUAUUUAUUAAAUUUCAAAUUUUCAAUUCAUUAUCAAAAUUUGAAGAAGUUAAUAGUCAACCAAUUGGAGUUAUAGUACAUAAAUUAAAUUAUUUAAGACAAGGUUAUAGAUAUUUAUCAAUUAAUGAUUUAUUUGGAGAGAAUUUAGUAUAUAGUUCAUUGUUAAUUAAAUUGAAUUAUGAUGAUGAAGUAAUGUCAAAUUUAUAG